AUGCAACAACCAAGAUUCACAUUCCCACAACAUAAGCCAACCUUCCAAGCACACAGCAGCCGAAAUUUGGGUACCAACCACCAAGGUUUCCAUCUCAACAACCAACCUUCACACCACCCACACAAGGCUAUCGUUUCGGAAUUCAACCGCAGCGCCCAUCUCAAGCCCCUAACCAACGACCACCAUUCCAAUACGGUGGAUUUAAAUUCGGGAUACCCCACCAACAAAUACAGCCUCCAAAAUAUGAUGAUGACGUCACGAUGCGUACCGCCCCUGUUAGGCAGAACCUUCUUG